UUGGCUCGAACGUCGGGAGCGCGCGGCAGCCUCCACAGCGGUCCGCGCUCUUCCCGCUGCUCGGACGCCUGGCGAAUGUGUCGCGUCCGGCGCGGCUCUGAUCCGAAACAAAGAGUUCCGUCCCGCGGUUUUGUCUGCGGGUUAUCCAACGGAGAGUCCGGACGGCACGUGGUACCGGCAGGAGGAGCCAGGCGUGUUCCCGUGUCCCGGGUGUUGUUACCGGGAUAAGAACAGAGGAGGGAAGGGCUUGUUUCUUUCAUUUGUUCCGCGGAUGCGGCUCCCCGCCCGGUCCGACUGCCAGCAGAUUCUGCCGGGCUCUCGAUAGCUGCUGCUCGGAACCACCAACCGGAAGCUGGACGGUGAAUUUGGUGGCAAAAAAACCGGUCGACAAAAAAACCCAAAAACACUCCUGAUUAUUUUGGACGGGUUUGAGCGGGUUUGGGAGGGGGGGGGCUGACGUGGGUCCAACACGCAGGGAGGGUCCGUUCAGGCGCGGUCAGGAAAACCCAACAAUGAGGAUUACAUCUGGACCCGUGGAGCCGCGGUGAAGAAGCCGGGUUAGAUUUCUUUUCUGCGUUGGAAGCGGAGGACCAAACCGAACGCGGACCCGCGAGGCGCACGCGGACGGAGCCCCGCGGCGGGAACGACCAUGGCGAACGACUCUGUCCAAAGCGACCCGGGCGGCCUGUCGGUGCUGGAGCUGCUGGGUCUGGACCAGAGCUCAGACUUCUCCGACUCGAGCGUUCAGCAGCUCCUGGACGAGCAGCGUGAGAGGAUUCGCAGAGAGAUCCGGAAGGAGCUGAAGAUCAAGGAAGGAGCUGAGAACCUGCGCAGGGCCACCACCGACAAGAGGAACGCCCAGCAGGUGGAGAGUCAGCUGCGGACCUCCAACCGUCGCCUCGACCAUCUUCACGCUCAGCUGCAGGAGCUGGACGCUCACAUCGUGGUGAAGGGCGGAGAGGAGAAUAAAGAUGAGUGUCCGCAGUCUCCGGGGGCGGAGAGCCGAACGUCGGCUCACAGAGAUCGCAUCGCAGCCCUGGAGAGGCAGCUCAACAUCGAGCUCAAAGUCAAACAGGGGGUGGAGAACAUGAUCCCCAUCUACGCCAACGGAUCCACCAAGGAUAAGAAGAUGCUGCAGACAGCCCAGCAGAUGCUGCAGGACAGCAAAACCAAAAUCGACAUCAUCCGAAUGCAAAUCCGGAAGGCGGUCCAGGCCACCGAGCACAGCGACGACACGCAAGGGAACCAAGAUCUCUGUGGCGUGGAGCUGCGCAUCGAGGAGCUGAGGCAUCACUACAGGGUGGAGCACGCCGUGGCGGAGGGGGCCAAGAAUGUCCUGAGGCUCCUCGGGGCCAGCAAAGUUCAGGACAAGAAAGCUCUGUCUGAGGCGCAGUCCCGCCUCGGCGAGGCGUCGCAGCGGUUGGACCUCCUGAGGGACUCUCUGGACCGCCGUCUAGCCGAGCUGCCAGAGGACCACCCCAAAGCCAACGUCAUCAAAGAGGAGCUGGUCCUGGCUGCGUCACCCGCCUUCAGCUCCCGCCAUGGCGCCCCCUACCUGCACAACCAGUACAGCACGCUCAAUAAGCCCUCGCCUCUCACUGGAACCCUUCAGGUGCAGCUGCUGGGCUGCGUCGGGCUGCUGGAAACGGUCCCGGGUCGCAGCAAAGGGUCGGCCGUGACCCUGCCCUGCUACAGCCCCGGAGACAGCAGGUCUUUCAUGAGAAGCAGCAAAGGCUUGUACGGGCGCACCGGCUCCGUGAGCGGGAAAACGCCCAACAAGAGCGACGAGCUCUCCACUGAGGUGAGCGCGGUGCUCAAGCUGGAUAACGGCGUGGUGGGUCAGACGGCGUGGAGGACCGUCGGAGAGCAGGCCUGGGACCAGACCUUCACCGUGGAGCUGGAGAGGUCCAGAGAGAUGGAGAUCGCGGUUUACUGGAGGGAUUUCCGCUCUCUGUGCGCGCUGAAGUACCUGAAGCUGGAGGAGUUCCUGGACAACCAGAAGCACCGAGUUCAGGUGGAGCUGGAGCCUCAGGGGCUGCUGCUGGCGGAGGUGACCUUCUUCAACCCGGUCAUUGAGAGGGUCCCUCGCCUCCAGAGGCAGAAAAAAGUCUUUUCCAAGCAGCAAGGAAAGGCCUUCCUUCGGGCCCGUCAGAUGAACGUGGACAUCGGGACGUGGGUGAGGUUGCUCCGGAACGCCAUCCCCACCGCCAACAACUCGGGGACCUACAGUCCGACCGCACACAGCCUGUCGCUGAACUCGGGGGAGAUCUCAGUGGAGAAGUUGAGUCUGGACAGCGAUACUCCACUGAGAGGAGAUUACAAAAGAGACACGGACCAGCAGACUCCGGACACACUACCAGUCAUUGACUCCCUCCCCCCACGAGACCUCCUCCCCGAGUCCCCCGUCCGAACCCCGUCUGCCAACAGCAGGCAGAAGAAAGGUCCCCUGUCACUGCAGGACUUCAGGCUGAUCGCCGUGUUGGGCCGAGGACACUUCGGAAAGGUGUUGCUCUCAGAGUACAAGAAGACGGGGACCAUGUACGCCAUCAAAGCUCUGAAGAAAGGAGACAUCAUCGCUCGGGAUGAGGUGGACAGUCUGAUGUGUGAGAAGCGCAUCUUCGAGAUCGUGAACAUGUCGCACCAUCCGUUCCUGAUCAACCUGUUCGCGUGCUUCCAAACGUCGCAGCACGUGUGUUUUGUGAUGGAGUACACGGCGGGAGGCGACCUGAUGAUGCACAUCCACACGGACGUCUUCACCGAGCCUCGAGCCGUGUUUUACGCGGCCUGUGUGGUUCUUGGACUGCAGUUUCUUCAUGACCACAAGAUUGUGUACAGAGACCUGAAACUUGACAACCUGCUGCUGGACACCGAUGGUUACGUGAAGAUCGCUGACUUUGGACUCUGUAAAGAAGGAAUGGGCUACGGGGAUCGGACCAGCACCUUCUGUGGGACUCCCGAGUUCCUGGCCCCGGAGGUCCUGACGGACACGUCCUACACCAGAGCUGUGGACUGGUGGGGGCUGGGGGUCCUCAUCUAUGAGAUGCUGGUGGGAGAGAGUCCAUUUCCAGGCGACGAUGAAGAGGAGGUGUUCGACAGCAUCGUGAACGAUGAAGUCCGAUACCCGCGCUUCCUCUCCACCGAGGCGAUCGGCAUCAUGAGAAGGCUGCUGAGGAGGAAUCCAGAGAGGAGGCUGGGGUCUGGGGAGAAGGACGCCGAGGAGGUGAAGAAGCAGCCGUUCUUCAGGAGCGUGGACUGGGAGGCGCUGCUGCAGAGGAAGGUGCCCCCUCCUUUUGUUCCCUCCAUCCGCGGCAAAGAAGACGUGAGCAACUUCGACGAAGAGUUCACCACCGAGCCGCCGACGCUCACGCCGCCGCGCGAGGCCCGCUCGCUCACGCGCAAAGACCAGGACUGCUUCCGGGACUUCGACUACGUCUCUGACCUCUGUUAGGUGACCCGACGGCCUCUCCUGGUCGCCCGGCGUCCGCCGCCUGUAAACCUACACUGUGAAUGAAGGCGGCGUCCGUGUGUGUCUGGGGGGCGGGGUCACCUGUGCGCCUGGCAGAGGUCAUUUCUCUCAGUGGCCUCUCAUACCAAUGCCUUACGUUUUUACCCGUAUUUAUUCCUUUUCGUUCUGUGUCCCUCCGUCUGCAGCAGGGGGGGUAAAAGGGGGGGGGGCACACAGAGGGCAGCCUUUUAUUUAAAGCUAUAUCAAAAUGAUGAAGUGAAUGAUGUAACUGUGUGUGGGGGGGGAGGGGUUAAAACCACUCCACAAACUGUUUUAUACACUUGUGCUGCUUGGAUUUUACGACAGCGGCGUGCAAAAAAGGGGGUUUGUGUUUUAAAUUAGGUUUUUUUUUCAUUAAAUGAGGAGAAAUGAGCUCAGCAGAAGUCUGCACCCAACACUAAAGUCGGCGAGUCUGAGACGCCGUUUUCCUGUCGGGUCUGCGUCGGCAGAACCCGGGUUCCGGUUCCCGGCGGCGAUCCGGAAAGGCGAAAGCCAAACAAACCUCAGCUGUAUUUCUGCAGAAAGUCGGAGCGCACAGCAGAGUUUUACGUGUGAAUCAUGAGACGAAAAGAAUGAGAAACGUCGGAAACAGGAUUAGGUUUUCUAGUGAGGGAGCCGGUUUUACUUAUCUGGUGUACGACGAUGCAAAAGCGUUUAAUGUAUGAGCUGACUUCUUUUAUAAAGAAAUUCUACCGUGA